AUGCUGCUGCUGCGGGCGGCCCGCGGCCGGGCCGGGAGCGGGUCGGGGCCGAGGCCGGGGCCGGGCCGCUGCCCCCCGCCGCCCCUCGCGGCUCUGUCGCAGGUGCUGCGGCUGGAGCGGAGCCGCCGCGCCGCCGUGGUGUUCCCGCUGCAGAGGCUGGCCCGCUGCCUGCUCCCCGGCGCCGAGGCGGCGGCCCUCAGCCUCUUCCAGCCCGGCCUGCCCGCCCUGCGGAGCGCCGAGCGGCUCUUCGCGGCCGGGCCCGGCCACGCCAUCACCUACGUGAGCUCCGCCGUGCGCACGGAGCACGCCCCGCCGCCUGCCCUGCCCGAGGUGUGCUUCGUCGGCCGAAGCAACGUGGGCAAGUCGUCGCUGAUCCGGGCCCUGUUCUCGCUGUCGCCAGAAGUGGAGGUCAGAGUGUCGAAAACGCCGGGUCACACAAAGAAGAUGAAUUUCUUCAAAGUCGGGAAGUACUUUACUCUUGUGGAUAUGCCAGGAUAUGGCUACCGUGCCCCACAAGACUUUGUGGAGAUGGUGGAGGCCUACCUGCAGGAACGGCAGAACUUGAAGAGGACUUUUCUAUUAGUUGAUGGUGUAGUAGGACUCCAGAAAACAGACCAUAUUGCAGUAGAGAUGCUGGAAGAGUUUGGGAUUCCUUAUGUGAUGGUGUUAACAAAAAUUGACCGAGCUUCCAAGGGACUGUUGUUAAAGAAUGUAUUGGGGAUCCAGGAGUUUGUGAAGGAGAAAACUCAAGGAUGCUUUCCUCAGCUAUUCCUGGUCAGUUCUGUAGAGUUUUCAGGAAUCCACUUGCUAAGGUGUUUUAUAGCCCAUGUUACUGGAAACCUGCCUACUGUAGAGGACAGCUGAAGACUGGCUCCUGAUCUGCUCAGCUCAUCCAGAACAAAAGGUUCAGCAUUAUGGCAAGCCCCGCUUGCAUCCAUCAAGUUGUCCCUGUUCCGGGUGAACGCAGGAAAUGAAACAUUUAAUGGAUCUGCCUCUUGGUUGCUGGUGGCUUGAAGCAAUGCGAUAGAUGAAUGACACCUAGGGGGAGCCUCUCCUGCCGUUACCAUCAGUCAGCGCUGCGUCUACCUCCUGUUUUAAAUCCUGUACUGAGUUCUGCAGCUGCACUCCAAUGAGUUGCCAGAGAUGAAUCCAUUCUCUGCAGCUGCCUUACCGUGGAAGCACAAUACGGGGGUCCCACAGCAGCUG